AGGUGACAACUCUCAACAAAAUAAAUUCCAAUUUAAAUUUUUUUCGCAAAAGCUAUUAUUCGAGAUUGCAAUAAAUCAAUGACUGCAAUAGGGUGAAAUCGUACAAUUAUGAUAAAAUACGGGGAUUGAAUAAUAAUGCUAAGUUUAGGACGCAGUGAUGCCAGGUUUAGAGGAAAGCAUUUGGUACGACACAAGUUCAUCCGCGCACAGCCUAAUGUCCGAUGGAGUCGCCGCCGAGCAAGUGAAAAAAUUUUUUUUCACCUCUCGACGAUCACACGAGUCCGGGCAACACGACGAGUCGCUCGAGAUUUACAUACCAGAGUUACUUCAAGCCAGUUAUAGCUAUUACACUUGGCCCUCAGCCCCAGUACUAGCCUGGUAUCUUUGGGAGCACCGACAGGAGCUUUUGAAUAAACGUAUUCUCGAGUUGGGAUCAGGAACAGCCCUACCAGGGAUUGUAGCCAGCAAGUGCGGUGCCCACGUGAUUCUCAGUGAUUCUGCGAGUUUUCCCAAGAGUCUCCAACACAUAAAGAGAAGCUGCGAGCUCAACGGAGUUCUAUCCCAAGUGAAAGUAAUAGGAAUAACCUGGGGGUUAUUCUUAUCAAGUCUCUUUUCCAUAGGUCCUCUGGACAUAAUUCUCGGCUCAGACUGCUUCUACGAGCCUUCGGUAUUCGAGGACAUCGUCGUAACUGUUGCAUUUCUCCUUGAAAAAAAUCCCAACGCCAAGUUCCUCUGUACUUAUCAAGAACGUAGUGCAGACUGGUCAAUCGAGCAUUUGCUGAAUAAGUGGGGAUUAUCCUGCACACACAUAUCUCUUGUAGGACUUGGCGCUGAUUCAGGUGUGACUCUUGCAGAGUUGAUGCAAGAUCACACAAUCCAUCUGCUCGAUAUCAGACGUAAGAGUUGAAAAAUC